AUGCCGAAAAGGGCAAACACACCCCCUAGAGCCGAAAAAGCCAAGACGUGCCGAUUCCACCGAAACAGGGGGCACUCGACAGAAGAAUGUUCGGCACUAAAAGACAAGCUUGAGGACCUUAUCAAACAAGGUCACCUCACGAAUUUCGUCACCCCUCAAAAGCACCAGUCAAGGGGGAGAGACCAUCACUCUCGGGAAGCACCACCGGCGAGAGACCGACGUCGCCGAUCCCGAUCAGCUGAAAGGAGAGACCAUUCACGGCAUUCUCGAGAAGACAAUGACCGACCGAGGAAGAUAAUAAACACGAUAGUCGGAGGCUUCGCCGAGGGAGGUUCCACAUCUUCCGCACAGAAGAGACACCUCCGAGCAGUGCAAUCAGUAAAUAGUGUGAAUCAGCCGAGGACACCGAAGAUGCCACCAAUAACCUUUUCCGACCGAGACUUCCGAGGAGUCGAUCCCAUUCAGGACGACCCCAUGGUAAUUUCUGUUGAAAUGAACAAUUGCAUUGUAAAGAAGACCUUGAUCGACCAUGGGAGCUCCGCUGACAUCUUGUAUUGGAACACUUUCGUGCAACUUGGGAUCCCAGAGGAGAGCCUAGAACCAUACCACGAACCGCUGGUAGGAUUCUCAGGUGAAAGAGUGAUGACGAGAGGGUGCAUCGACUUAUACACUCGAUUUGGUUUCGACCAAAAAUCUUCCCGCGAGAUUAAAAUUUGCUACAUCGUGGUGCAUGCAAGUACAUCGUACAACAUCUUGCUAGGCCGGCCUUCUGUUAAUGCAUUAGGGGCCAUUGUCUCGACACCCCACAUAUGCAUGAAGUUUCCGUUGAAAGAUGGGCAGAUGAUAACCGCUCACGCCGAUCAGAAGACAGCAAGAGAGUGUUACCUCUCCAGCUUGAAGGUGCGACCUAUUGCCGACUCCCCGACGACAACGAGAGGAGUGAAUGUGGUCAGACAGGAGAUGACCGAGGGCAUCAACCUCGAUCCUCAGUUAGGUGAAGAAGAGCGAAUCGAGCCUGCUAAGGAUCUCAUUCCUUUUCAACUUGGCCGAGCACCCAAGCAGGUCACGCAUAUGGGAUCCCAACUGAGUGAAGUCGAUUCGAGCUAG